GAUGGACGGACGAAGAAAUUAGAAACCAACAUUGAAGUCUAAUUCAAUAUAUUUGAUUUUUUGAAUACUUUUAAAUCGGUUUCUGGGAAUAUAGUAUUACAUUUAAAGAUGAGUACAGUUAAUAAAACAGUUCGGAAGAAGAAACAAAAGUUUAACAAAAAACCCGAUUCCCACAAAACAAAUGUUGAUGUUAAUGAUGAUGGAGAAAAACAAGACUCAGAUUCUGGCAAUGCCACGGCUUCUACAACACUUACAAUAACCUAUCCAAGUCCUGUCGACUUGAUGACUUCCAAAGAUUUCCAAUUCGAUGUCAAGGCUCACGUUGAAAUGAUACAUCAACAUUUGAAAGACAAAGUUCGAGUGCUGAAGUACAAAGAAGCCAUUCUACUUAAUCGACAUUUGUUUAAGGGAAAAAUUGUUCUGGACAUUAAUUGUGGCAUAGGCAUAUAUUCAAUGUUUGCCGCCAAAGCUGGUGCUGCUAAAGUCUAUGCUGUAGAACGUUCCAAUGUGGUGUAUUAUGCGGAGAAAAUUGUGUCGGCUAAUGGAUAUGAUGAUGUUAUAGAUGUGCUGAAGGGCAACAUUCAACAAAUUGAGUUGCCUGUGAAGGAAGUGGACAUUAUCAUAAGCGAAUGGAUGGGAUAUGCAAUGCUAUUUCAGGCAACAUGUGAAGAUGUUAUUUAUGCCCGCGAUAAAUGGCUAAGAAAGCCAGGAGGCCUUAUAUUUCCAGAUCAAGCUAAAUUGUUUAUAAAUGCUGUGGAGGAUAGAAAGCAUAAGAAUGAAAAUAUCGAUUGGUGGAAAGGUGUAUACGGGUUCAACAUGCAAUGCCUAAGGGAAGUAGCAUUGAAAGAACCUCGACAUCAACUAAUCAAACCAAAACAGAUUCUCAGUAAACAGUGCCCUUUGAAAUUACUAGAUCUGAAUACUGCAACUAGAGAUGACCUGAAGUUUCGCAGUAAAUUCAUGUUGCCAAUUGAGAGGGCUGGACAAAUGGAUGGCAUUUGUUUGUAUUUUCAUGUUUACUUUACAAAAUCUCAUACACCCUUAGGAUUUAGUACGGAUCCCUGGUCACCUGGUACAAACUGGAUGCAAACAAUAUUAUUUUUGGACACAUCUCUAACAGUGCAACCGAAUUCUAUGUAUUAUGGUGGAAUAGAGAUGUUCUCUCGUAAAACUCCACCUGAUAUGUGUGAUAUGAUUAUUAAUUUAGAAAUGUUAAAAGGUGAUCCAGCAGCACCAGAUGUUGAUAUGGAAAUGAGUUGGAAUUUCAAGCCAAUAACUGCUCCCAUCGAGCCUUUGAUAACUUCAGAGGAAACCCUUGCAAAUUCCACAGCUAUCGACAAUCCCACAGCUCAAGAGUCGAAUGUUUUAGAGAAAAAUCGAAAUGUAGCAAGUUUCGAUUAUCCGUCAAAUUUAGAAACAAAUAAUCUAGAGGAUUUUACUUUUAGUCCCAUGAAUAAAUCACAGCAUUCCACAACACCUGCCUUGCAGUAUCCCAAAGGUUCACGAACCUUUACAUUAGGCGACCAAAUUUAUGUAUGCCGUAAGCAAAGACGUAACAAAAAAAAGAAUACCAAGAAAGGUUAAAGCAUUCCAUUUUGUUUUGCUAUCAAACACGACGAAUUAUUAGCUGUACAAAACUGUGAAGUGAAUUUAUAUCCUUAUAGUAUUGAAUUUUAUUUUUUAUUUAAUUUUGUACCGAAUGUCGGCACAGAGUUUGAAACUAGCGCUAAGCCAGUCAAGCUUAAAAAACUAAGCAAUGUACAAUAUUGUUAUAAUUCCACGAAAUUAUAAUCAGAAUAGGUCAACAAUACACAAUAAUAUAAUUAAGUUUUUCAAAAGCCAUACUUAAUUUAAUUUAAUAUUCUAUAAAAAUUAUAUGCCAACUUUAUGAUAAUUUUUAUAUACGAAUUAUUAAUGGAUAAUUUAUAAAAAUUAAUUAUUUA